AUAGAGCGCUCUGCUCUCUCUGCUGCAGGAAAUAAUCUACAGCAGAAAUGAAAGUUGCCAAAGUGUACUGAAGGGUUUACUAAACGUUCGCUUAUGAUUCCGUUUAAAUGGCGUUUAUUUUAACAUUUGUUAUUUUGAUAAUUUACCAUGAACUGCUCACAGGAUCCAUCAGCGUCGAGCUAAGUAGGAAAUAUCUGACGGACGAAGAACGACUGAUGACUUUUCAGCAAGGAAAUGAAAACAACGAACCCUAUCAGAGACUGAUUAAUUUGCAGAGUUCACUCAAGAGACAAGCCUUUCUGAACUCACUGAAGAAAUCAAACCAUUCUGCCCAUUAUGGCAUCAACCAGUUCUCUGACUUAUCUCCAAAACAAUUCAAAGAGCGAUAUCUCACAGCUCGGGCUGAGACGGCUCCAAAGUUUGACCCAUCUAGGGCUGGAAUUCAAGUUAAGAUGAAUUAUCCACCCAAAUUUGAUUGGAGGGACCAUGGAGUUGUUGGACCAGUGCGAAACCAAGAGUCGUGUGGAGCAUGCUGGGCCUUCAGUGUGGUGGAAGCCAUUGAAUCCGUGUCAGCUAAAGAUGGUGGAAAACUACAGAAGCUCAGUGUGCAGCAGGUUAUAGACUGUUCUUACGAAAACUAUGGCUGUAAUGGUGGAUCCCCUGUUGAAGCUCUGUACUGGCUCAUACAGACCAAAUUGAAGUUAGUGAACGAGGCGGAGUAUCCCUUCAAAGCCGUGGCUGGAAUCUGCCAGUACUUUCCUCUGUCUCACGAUGGAGUGGUAGUGAAGAAUUACUCCUCUUAUGACUUCAGUGGACGUGAGGAGGUGAUGAUGAGCAUCCUGGUGGAGUCGGGGCCUCUUGUUGUCAUUGUGGAUGCCAUCAGCUGGCAGGAUUAUCUGGGCGGCAUCAUUCAGCACCACUGCUCCAGCCACAAUGCCAACCAUGCCGUACUGAUCACCGGUUAUGAUACCACAGGGGAAGUGCCAUACUGGAUAGUACGCAAUUCAUGGGGGACCUCAUGGGGUGACAAUGGAUAUGCUUACAUAAAAAUAGGGAACGACAUGUGUGGCAUUGCGGACAGUGUUGCUGCUGUUUUUGUGUAAUUGUCAAUAAUCUUUGUACUUCCGUGGUAAGACCGUGGCAGAUCGACAUUUUAAAAUAUCACUCUCAGGACAAGAAUCCUCCAGUGUAGCUGAUGAGAAUUGUAAAAAUUCUCACGUAACAAAUCCUUUUGCUUUGCGAAUGCAAAGCAAAUAUGCUGCUAUUUGAGCUAAUACACCAUAUUCCUUAUCCCAGCCACUGUAGCCCAAAAUAAUCUGAAUCAGAGCCGGAUUUCAUUUUAGUUAUGAAACACGCACUAACUAGAUUUGUCCUUAAGAAUGUUUUAAUCUUCAGAAAACACUGUUAGUAAGUACAGUAUAAGUGCACAGCUGAACUGAACUCUUAUUGUAUUGUGACAUUGCACUGAUUAAGGACACACAAGUGAACUCGUCUGAGAAAAAUGUGAAAAUUUAUAUUAUUUUAUGUGAAUACUAAUUAUAGCCUUAGAUUUAAAAUCAUUAAGUGCUUAUUACUACAGUACAGUAUGUACCAGAUAUUCAGAUUUGAUCUGCUUUUAUACACAUUUGUAACUACAAAGUUUGGUUCCGCUUUAUUUUAGGGUGCCCUUGUUACAGUGUAAUUAUACAAAUAACUACGGAGUAAUUUUAAUUAACAACAUGUACUUACUAUAUACUUAGGGUUAGGGUUUGGUUUAGUUGUUUGUAAUUAAUAUGCAUAAUUUACUGUUACUAUUACUAUAGUAAGUACAUGUAAGAUGUGUAACAGGGAAACUGUACAAUAAAGUUUACUUUUUAUUGUGUUUA